AUGAGCAGAGCAUCACCAGCCCCGUCAGAUCUAGCAUAUCUGCAAUCCAAGUCAGACAGACACUCAGUCGAUGUGCAGUCAAAGGUCGCCUUUUUAAACCGGCUGGCAAGCCCAAGCCCUAGCAGCCCAGCACCGCUGCCGCCAUCGACGACCACACAUGCGGCCUUGCAGCGAGCAAUCCUGGGCCGAGAAGAAGCUGAGGAAGCCUUGAAGGCGACAACCGAAGAGUUGAAUGAAGCUAGGCAGCGAGAACGACGAGUUAGUGAGCGGUUGGAGUCGUUACUGGGAGAACUGCACACGUUCAAAGAACGACAGUCACAGGAGCGGGCUUUGUUCGAGAAGGAGAUUCGACGCGCAAGAAAAGAGGCGUUUCGUGCCAGCUCCAACCUCGUCAAGGCGCAAGAAGAGUUGAAGUCUUCUCGCGGAGAGAUCAAAGGACUAAAGGAUGAGGUCAGGAUGGAACGAGAAGCCAAGGAGAAGGCCAAACAAGAGGCAUUUGAACGUGCAUACACUCUGGCUGGCCUGACUGAGGAAAAUGAAGUGCUAAAGGAGCGGAUCAGAGCCAUUGAGACGGAUAACCAGUCAGACAUCCUCGAGGCACGAGCAGAGGUGAUGCGGGGUGAAACACCGAGCAGCAGGCUCCGGAAAUCCAGCAUAAACCCCAUGUCAUGGAGCCCAGCGUCUCGAGGGAAGAAGCGUGACCAUCCUGAAUCCAGGGAGCAGAUGUCACCGAUCCGAAAGAAGAAUGUUCAACAGCAAGUUGACUUCCGGUCCAGCCUGAAGUCACCCACAAAACUGAUGCCAGGCCGUGAAUUGGUACCAUUUGAGCAUGAAGAAGAGCCCUUGAAGCUUAUUAAUAAGGAAAGGGAGAUAAUACAGGAACUUGAAGAGGACCUACGAUGGGAAAAGCUAAUGCGAAGACGUGCAGAGGAUAUGAUUGACUUCUUGAAACUAGAAUGCCAAUUCAAGAGAUGUUCCUGCCGCAUUGCAGAACGCCAGGGCGUUAAAUAUGUCCACGAUCUCGACUGGGAGAGAAUAUGCCCAGCUGAGGAGCAAGAGAAGAAAUCAGCUGCGAAGAUACCCAGCCCGCUACCUGCCAGGGAACCAUCGCCACAGCCACAAAUAGCUCAAGAGUCUAUCGCCCCAGAGAGCGCCGAUAUGGAUACCCCUGACGCUGCUCCGGCUAGUGAUGAUCUUCUCCCUGAACCAACCGUGGUUUUUUGCCCGGAUACCGGGACUUUCAAAGCAAUUCCAUCCCCCGUACGCAAGGCGGAGUCAGUAAAAUCUGAACAGUCAAGCAGCCGUCCUCCACCCAACCCUGCAGAACCACAACCGAAACCAAGAUGGUCACUCCAAGAUGACCCUAUCCAGGCGCCAAAUCCAGUUGUACUGAGGAAGAGAAGCCAGGAACUGCCAUCAAUUGCUCCAUUGGAAACCUCGCAUUCUCCACCACCCCCACGGCCACGUAUGCAGGAACAGCCCGUUGAUAUAAACCCUCGAAAACGAUAUGUGACGCCUCUCCCUCUGGAUCAACGCCAGCGUCAGCACAACACUAACGCUGAAAUCAAAACCAUAACAACUACUAAGACCGUCCCUCUUAACCCCGAAAAACCCUCCACUGAUCCAUCAGCUAAGCUCCCAGGAACUCCCAUCAGCCGUGAGGAGGCUCUGGCACAGAUCAGGGCAAGACGUGAUCGCACACAAAGUGCGUUGAAACGGUCUGCCAGCGCGAAUGAUGCCAGUCAUCGUCCCCGUACCAUGAGCAGGGCAACAACUCCCAGUAAUGGAGUAAGAAGCCUGUCAAGAGCAGAGAGUAUUGCCAGCCGCACUAAAGCAGGUCGACGCGGAUUUUCCUCCUCUAGCCACGGAUACUAG